AUGAAAUCCUACGAAAGGCGUCAGAAGGAACAUGAUGAAAAUGUUAAAAAAGUUCUGAAACGCCUCAAAGAGAGGAAUCCAUCGAAGGAUGGUCUUGUCUGCACUGCUCGUAAACCCUGGAUUGCGGUUGGAAUGCGGAAUGUUGACUAUAAACGAGCUCGGCACUUUGAAGUUGAUUUAUCAGCUUUCCGUAAUAUCCUUGAAAUUAACAAAGAGAGAAUGGUUGCAAGAGUUGAGCCACUUGUAAAUAUGGGACAGAUCAGCAGGGCAAGUGUUCCAAUGAAUCUGGCCCUUGCAGUGGUUGCAGAACUUGAUGAUCUUACUGUUGGUGGGCUCAUUAAUGGUUAUGGGAUUGAAGGAAGCUCUCACAUCUAUGGCUUGUUCUCUGACACUGUUGUGGCUUAUGAGAUUGUUUUGGCAGAUGGUCGGGUUGUUAGAGCUACCAAGGACAAUGAAUACUCAGAUCUAUUCUAUGCCAUCCCUUGGUCUCAGGGAACACUUGGGCUUCUUGUCUCUGCUGAGAUCAAGCUCAUUCCCAUUAAGGAAUACAUGAGGCUGACCUACAAACCUGUGGUGGGUAAUCUGAAAGAACUUGCACAGGGCUAUAUAGACUCUUUUGCACCCAGAGAUGGAGAUCAGGAUAACCCCGAAAAGGUUCCAGACUUUGUGGAGACAAUGAUUUAUAACCCUACUGAGGGCGUGAUGAUGACGGGGAGGUAUGCCUCCAAAGAAGAGGCCAAGAAGAAGGGAAAUGUGAUUAACAGCGUUGGUUGGUGGUUUAAACCAUGGUUCUAUCAGCAUGCUCAGACAGCCCUAAAGAAAGGGGAGUUUGUAGAGUACAUUCCAACCAGAGAAUAUUAUCACAGGCACACAAGAUGUUUAUACUGGGAAGGGAAGCUUAUACUUCCGUUCGCUGAUCAAUGGUGGUUUAGAUUUUUCUUAGGCUGGAUGAUGCCUCCAAAGGUUUCUCUUCUUAAGGCUACUCAAGGUGAAGCAAUCAGAAACUAUUACCAUGAGAUGCAUGUCAUUCAGGACAUGCUUGUUCCUCUUUACAAGGUCGGGGAUGCCCUAGAAUGGGUUGACCGUGAGAUGGAGGUAUAUCCUAUUUGGCUCUGUCCUCACAAGUUAUUCAAGCUCCCUGUGAAAACUAUGGUGUAUCCUGAGCCAGGAUUUGAGCAUCACCGCAGACAGGGAGACACAUACUAUGCUCAGAUGUACACCGAUGUUGGGGUGUAUUAUGCACCUGGACCUGUGUUGAGGGGUGAGGUGUUUGAUGGUGCCGAGGCAGUUCGUAGAAUGGAGGACUGGUUGAUAGAAAACCAUGGCUUCCAGCCACAGUAUGCAGUGUCCGAGCUGAGCGAGAAGAAAUUCUGGAGGAUGUUUGAUGCCGACCUCUAUGAACACUGCAGGAAGAAAUAUGGAGCUGUGGGAACCUUCAUGAGCGUGUACUACAAAUCCAAAAAAGGAAGGAAGACAGAGAAGGAGGUGCAGGAAGCUGAACAAGCCCACCUUGAGGCUGCUUAUGCAGAGGCUGAUUAA